UCAUCUUGGCAAAUUUUCUUUGAAUUGCAUACAAUUGUUAUCCACCAUUGUUACCUUCUGAAUGUAUUUCCAUUUUCGCUUUGUACUCACCCCAAUAGCGUUCGCCGAUCACCUUUUUCGGUUUUAACUUUUACUUCGCUAUAGGGUAUACAUGUACGAGAAACGCUUGAAUUCACGAAGACGCUUGUAAAACAAAAUGGAAAGCGCAAGUAGUGAGGCAUCGGCAUAUUUACAUUUAAAAUAAGCGAUUUAAAAGAGAAGCUGAUAAAAGGAACAACAACACGUGGCAGAAAGGCUGAUUUGAUAGAAAGAACAAAUAGGUGAUAUACAAAGUACUGGAGAGGUGAAGACUAUUGAGAAAGGCAAAGCACUCCUUGAGAGCGAGAGGGUUCUUGCAACAUUUUUUGUGAGACAUGACCAAGCAUCAUUUUCACUGGCAUUCUUGGUGCAGCCAUGAAAACACGGGUCACAUACAACUUCAAACUAAAGAUAGAUGACACAGGUGAUAUUUUAAAUUCCCACUGUGAAUAUUUACAGGCAGAGGACCCCAUGUUGCUGAUGUUACAUCAUUUUGCUGCAGGGCUGUGGAUUAGGAGAUCUUGUACUGAAAAUCUACAAACAUUUCAUAAGCCAAAAUAUUCAUUUUCAGCAUCUCCAAUCAAGACAGAAGAUCUAUCAAGAAAAAGAAAAUUAAAUGAUGACUUUUGAUGACCCUCGGCCACAACAACUGAGAAGUAAUCAAGGAUACCCCGACAGAGUCAGGAAUACGGUUAUCAACUACUGUUCACACACUUCUGAGAAUUUAACCUACAUAUAUUUAAUUGAGAAGGAAGAUUUACAGACUGCUGCACAGUACCAUGAUUACCUAGAGAAGCCUUUAACAGAAUACUGGGUAGAGAAGGCAGUUCAGGAGCUUCAGCGGUUGAAGAGAGACCUAGAGGACAGUCUUCAUCUAAUGGUUCCAAGAGAUCUUGGCACAUUACUGCAUCAAGAUUCGGCGACAUUUGUUUGGCUACAGAGAGGAGAGACAUUGUGAAACUUUGCCAAUCUCUACAUCAGCCUUCAGCAGCUUCAUUUAGAUCAGAUGCACUUGUACAUGGGAAAACCUACGAGAGUCGAGCUUUAAAAACUUUGAGAGAAAAAAACAAUUUGAGAGUGAGCAGGCGUGGCUUGUUUGGAUGUAAAGAUCGAUCAUAUUUGGAAGCCUCUCCGGAGGGAGUGAUAGAUGGUGGUACAAUUGUUGAAGUGAAGUGCCCUUUCACAGGCCACAGAGAGAAAAUUCAAUCAGGAAUUACUUUCAGGUCCAAGGUUCAGAUGACUUGGUUGGGUCGAAAAUUUCGAGAGAAAAAUUACAUCUCCCCUUCGCAUUAGUGCAAUUAACAGCUUGACAGGAAACAUCAACCUAUUUAUUCGUAAACUAUGUCAUAUCGCAUGCACAUCCUAGAAUCUCAUCAAAACUGGAACAUACGGUGUGACGUCAAAAUUAUUGAUUUUUGUGGUCUUGAAUACAAAAGAGUUCCACAUUAUGGUAGCCUCUAUAGAAGGCGGGAGUUUCAAUUUCUAACGUUUUCAAAUUAUUACUGAAGCUUAUCUAGGCCGUAUAUCAACAAAAUCAUAUGACAAUUUUUAGGUCAUCUGAGUUUAUUCAGGUGACCUAUUGCAAUCGGUUGUCGUCCGUUGUCGUGCGUUGUCCAUCAACAAUUGAACAUUUUUAACUUCUUCUUGAUAACUCACCUACAACCAGGCACACAACAAUAUAUAACCAUCGUAGAUUCUUCUUAAAAGUUUAUCAACAUAAGAGAGAAAGUUAAAAUAACGCUCUAAAACGCACGCGUGACUUGACCAAGCGUCUGUCGUAUACCCUAUAGCAACACAGUAAAAUUUAGAACCGGAAAAGAUCACCGGCGAACCCUACUGACAAACAAGUUGAUGGUACAGGGAUUUCAACAGUCUCGAUUGAAGUCAGCAUUUCGCAAAUUCUAUGGUCGUUAUAACGAUCUAGUUCGUCAAUACAACCUCGCAUUGGGUCAAAUGCUGUCUGACGUGUUUCAUACCGAUUGUUAAGCCGUUCUUGGCACCCUGAUUUUGACUGCGGAUAACUCCGUUUACCUGAUCAGGAUAUGGGGCUCACGGCGGGUGUGACCGGUCAACAGGGGAUGCUUACUCCUCCUAGACACCUGAUCCCGCCUCUGGUGUGUCCAGGGGUCCGUGUUUGCCCAACUAUCUAUUUUGUAUUGCUUGUAGGAGUUAUGAGAUUAAUCACUGUUCGUUAUCUUCACCUUGCAUUCUAACACAUAAAUGUUAUCAUUUUCUGAAGUGCGAUAAAGCAAGGCCCAUAUUCAACACCCGGAAAGCUAGCUACGAUGAAAUCUAGAAAUUGAAAAAAAAACUUUUUAAAUUAAUAUUUCCACUUCUUUAAUAGGCUAUUAGGUUUCAGUCGACAGUACUCAAUUUACCGCAUUCCUGCAAUCAAAAUAUUCGAAAUUGGCCUUUCAACAGUUGAUAGUAAGUAGUAUUACGAAAUCAUUUAUAAGUAAUUAAAAUGCAAAUACGAAUGUUAUAUCGGUAAUUUGUUUUGUGUUUCAGUUGCACGAUUAUUUCCCCUAUGUAUUGUUUUGGUUGUUGACCCAGAUUUGAUGUGAACUGCAUCGAAAGUAGGCAAACGAUGUCGGUGCGACAAAAAGCUGUUCUUGCUGCCUCGGGGUUAGCUGGGGCAGGUUAUGCCGCGUGGAAAACCAUGUUUCCAUGGAUCGGCGAGGACGUCCAGACAAUUCGAGCAUUCUUGGCCUACCUGAAAAAGAUUGGAGAAAAUUUUGUUAAAAUGCGGACAGUGUUGGAUAUGUUUGAAGAGGACGUGGCUCGCUUACCAAAGAAAACUUUCAUAAUUUUCGAGGACAGGCAUUAUUCGUAUGAAUUCGUCGAUACCAUGGCGAAUAAAGUUGCAAACCUUGCUGCAACAUGGAAUCUUCCAAGAGACUCAGCAGUCGCCAUGAUGAUCGAAAAUGAGCCAGCAUUUGUAUGGACUUUUCUAGGGUUACAGAAGGCUGGACUAGUAGGAGCCUUUAUAAACUACCACUUAAAAGGCCAUCCGCUUAUCCACACUAUAAAAGUCAGCGAGGCACCAAUACUAAUCAUUGGUUCAGGUGAUGAACAUUUACACACAAUCCAAGAAAUUCGAAACGAUAUACCUGACAUUAAAAUCUAUGUCAUGGGGAAACGGCAAUCUGACCUCCCGUCGGAGUUUGUUUCUAUGGACGAACUUCUCCUCCGGACUCUUCCGGUCCCCAUCUCCAAGGCAUGCCGGGAGGGAACCAACUUACGCAGUCCUGUCUGUUACAUUUAUACUUCCGGUACAACAGGACUUCCAAAGCCUGCGAUAGUCAACAAUUCUAAAGCCAUAUCUUGCUCGUUAUACUGGCAGACCUUCGGUUACAACGAAAACGAUAUAGGCUAUGCUGUUACUCCCCUUUACCACAGUGCUAGCACCAACUUGUGUCUUUUCAAUACAAUUGAAAGAGGAGCCACCAUAGUCCUGCGCCGGAAGUUUUCUGCCCGCCAUUACUGGGAAGACGUACGCAAAUACAAAGUCACUGUUAUACAGUAUAUCGGGGAACUCUGCCGGUAUUUACUUCGUGUCCCAAAGAGCGAUCUCGAUGGUGUACAUAAUGUGCGUGUAGCGGUUGGGAACGGACUACGAAUAGAUAUCUGGGAAGAAUUCAAAAACAGGUUCAAUAUUCCGCGAAUUGUAGAGUUCUUCGGUGCCACUGAGGGAACUGGAAGUUUUCUGAAUGUCACGGGCACCGUCGGUGCGAUCGGCAGGAUGUCCCCAUUGAUGAAGGCAAUAAUAUUCCGUGAAAAAAGUUCUCAGAUUAACUUCAUCAAAUUCGACAAUCGAACUGAAAAACCUGUUAGAGACAAAAACGGAAGGUGUGUCCAUAUUAAACCAGGUGAGGUGGGUCUAAUCAUAAGUGGAGUCAACGAAGAAUACUACUCCGGCUUUUACAAAGGUUCAAAGGAAAUGAACGAGAACAAAUUCAUCAGAGACGUGUUCGAGGUGGGGGAUCGCUGGUUUUCCUUUGGUGACUUGAUCUACUUGGAUAAAGACUACAACGUGUAUUUCAGAGACAGAACAGGAGACACGUUUAGAUGGAAGAGCGAGAAUGUCUCCACGGCCGAAGUUACAAACAUUAUUAGCCACAUUCCAUUUGUGCAUGACGUCAAUGUGUAUGGUGUGACUAUUCCAGGUGAAGACGGACGAGCAGGAAUGGCGGCUGUCAUACUUAAACACGAGGACGAGAAAAUCACAGACGACAAACUACGAACGAUUUACUCAGCCUGUGAGAAGGAACUACCCUCCUACGCCCGCCCUAUAUUCAUACGCUUCAUGCCAGAAUUGAUUGUCACACAAACCAUGAAGAACCGGAAGGUGGAACUGGUGCAGGACGGCUAUGACCUCCAGAAGAUGUCGGUGCGACAAAAAGCCGUUCUUGCUGCCUCGGGGUUAGCUGGGGCAGGUUAUGCCGCGUGGAAAACCAUAUUUCCAUGGAUCGGCGAUGACAUCCAGACAAUUCGAGCAUUCUUGGCGGUCCUGAAAAAGAUUGGAGAAAAUUUUGUUAAAAUGCGGACAGUGUUGGAUAUGUUUGAAGAGGACGUGGCUCGCUUACCAAAGAAAACUUUCAUAAUUUUCGAAGACAGGCAUUAUUCGUAUGAAUUCGUCGAUGCCAUGGCGAAUAAAGUUGCAAACCUUGCUGCAACAUGGAAUCUUCCAAGAGACUCAGCAGUCGCCAUGAUGAUCGAAAAUGAGCCAGCAUUUGUAUGGACUUUUCUAGGGUUACAGAAGGCUGGACUAGUAGGGGCCUUUAUAAACUACCACUUAAAAGGCCAUCCACUUAUCCACACCAUAAAAGUCAGCGAGGCACCAAUACUAAUCAUUGGUUCAGGUGAUGAACAUUUACACACAAUCCAAGAAAUUCGAAACGAUAUACCUGACAUUAAAAUCUAUGUCAUGGGGAAACGGCAAUCUGACAUCCCGUCAGAGUUUCUUUCUAUGGACGAACUUCUCCUCCGGACUCUUCCGGUCCCCGUCUCCAAGGCAUGCCGGGAGGGAACCAACUUACGCAGUCCUGUCUGUUAUAUUUAUACUUCCGGUACAACAGGACUUCCAAAGCCUGCGAUAGUCAACAAUUCUAAAGCCAUAUCUUGCUCGUUAUACUGGCAGACCUUCGGUUACAACGAAAACGAUAUAGGCUAUGCUGUUACUCCGCUUUACCACAGUGCUAGCACCAACAUGUGUCUUUUCAAUACAAUUGAAAGAGGAGCCACCAUAGUCCUGCGUCGGAAGUUUUCUGCCCGCCAUUACUGGGAAGACGUGCGCAAAUACAAAGUCACUGUCAUACAGUAUAUCGGGGAACUCUGCCGGUAUUUACUUCGUGUCCCAAAGAGCGAUCUCGAUGGUGUACAUAAUGUGCGUGUAGCGUUUGGGAACGGACUACGAAUAGAUAUCUGGGAAGAAUUCAAAAACAGGUUCAAUAUUCCGCGAAUUGUAGAGUUCUUCGGUGCCACUGAGGGAACUGGAAGUUUUCUGAAUGUCACGGGCACCGUCGGUGCGAUCGGCAGGAUGUCCCCAUUGAUGAAGGCAAUAAUAUUCCGUGAAAAAAGUUCUCAGAUUAACUUCAUCAAAUUCGACAAUCGAACUGAAAAACCUGUUAGAGACAAAAACGGAAGGUGUGUCCAUAUUAAACCAGGUGAGGUGGGUCUAAUCAUAAGUGGAGUCAACGAAGAAUACUACUCCGGCUUUUACAAAGGUUCAAAGGAAAUGAACGAGAACAAAUUCAUCAGAGACGUGUUCGAGGUGGGGGAUCGCUGGUUUUCCUUUGGUGACUUGAUCUACUUGGAUAAAGACUACAACGUGUAUUUCAGAGACAGAACAGGAGACACGUUUAGAUGGAAGAGCGAGAAUGUCUCCACGGCCGAAGUUGCAAACAUUAUUAGCCACAUUCCAUUUGUGCAUGACGUCAAUGUGUAUGGUGUGACUAUUCCAGGUGAAGACGGACGAGCAGGAAUGGCGGCUGUCAUGCUUAAACACGAGGACGAGAAAAUCACAGACGACAAACUACGAAAGAUUUACUCAGUCUGUGAGAAGGAACUACCCUCCUACGCCCGCCCUAUAUUCAUACGCUUCAUGCCAGAAUUGAUUGUCACACAAACCAUGAAGAACCGGAAGGUGGAACUGGUGCAGGACGGCUAUGACCUCCAGAAGGUCAAAGACCCUCUGUAUUUUAUUGACACGAAAAAUAAAACAUAUUCUCCUUUAACAGUGGUGAAUUACGACAGUGUGCUAUCAUCUAAGUUAUAAUCUGUGUCGCUAUUAGUACCAAGUGACACAUUUCACUAGAAGUUUUAUAGAGUGAAUUGUAUGGAAUCAGUUACAAUUUACUGCAUGUGUUUUUAAUGAAGUAUCCUUGUUGCAAUUUUCAUGUAGUUUGCACCUCCGACGAAGAGAUAAGACACCUGUAAUACGAAAUUCAAGUUGCAUGUAUUAUAUGACCAUUGCAUCAAAUAUCUUUGCAUCCCCCAAGGAAAUAGUUCAUAAUAUAAGAAAAUUAUGAAUGUUUUCCUUACAGGUUUUCAGUAGAAAGAUUGUUUCCUGACUUCCAGUGUUCAUUAUAUUUGGACACUAAUAUUGGUAUGUUUUCUAUAUACACGUAUGUACCGUGAUUCUUAUCAUUACAAGUUUUCUACAAAUACAUUUCUCGCCUCUUUUAGAAAUUUCCUUAGAGUGCAAUAUUCUUGGUGAGAAUUUCACUCUCUUUUUGGAAAUAAUCGGCUUCUAACACUUAGUCUUGAUAAAUUCAACAAAGAAGAAUAAAAGAAAUCUUGUAGCCCAAUCUAGUUUCCAUUGGCAACUUUUGUAUUUGCAUGUUUAAAUUUGUAUUAAGAUGUAUUCUAUUUUAUCUCACUAAUGAUGGCGUCGUUCUUAAGAGUCCUGAAAUACACAUCAAAUGCAGCAUUUUCUGAUCUGAUGUUUUCCGUUGAUUUAGAGAAAAAUUCAAUAAACUGGUUUCAUUUAU